GCUGCUGCUGCUGGGCACGGCCACGGCCAAGGCCAAUGCUAUGACAGGUGAGGUGAGUCUCUACAACGAGGCCGACAACGUAGUCAAUGCGGACACCAAUACACUGCUGCCCCACCUGCGCACAACGCCAAAGGGCAAGCUGGUGCAGUUCAUAAACAUCUUCUGCGGCGACUGUCGACGCUUCGCACCCACCUUCAAGGGCGUGGCGCGCGAGCUCUACAAGUGGAAGAGCUUGCUCAGCAUUUACGCCGUGGACUGUGCCCAGGAGAGGAAUGUGGCGAUCUGUCGCGACUAUCAGAUCCUGCAUACGCCCACGCUGCGCUACUUUCCGCCAGCAUUCUCUGGCAACGGGCUGGGCACGGAGCUGCCCACCAUUAAGCCCAAAGAAAUUAUCGACCUCUUGGCCGGCUACUUGGCCAAAGACUUCAACGCGGGCCAGCUGCACUUUGAGCCGCUUCGACCCGACAGCGAUGCCAAUGCCACAAUCGCAGAACACGUGGGCCCAGGCCACACCGAGGAGUAUAUUGCGCUUGUCUUCCAGCCGAAGGGCUCGAACAUUGGCAGAGACACGAUCUUCGAGAUGCUGCCAUAUCCUGCGGUGGCUGUGCGCAUUGUCGAUGAUGCCCAGGUCUUUGCCAACUUCGGCUUGGCUGCCCACGAACAGAAGCUGGCCAUCAUGGACCUCGACGGCAACAUUCUGGCGCUGAAGUCCACCCAAGAGUCGAGCCAAGCCUAUGCGGCCAGCAUUGCCGAGUAUCUCGCCCAGAUGGGGCGCACUCCGUGGCCCCCACUACCCACGACCAGAGCACCUAAGACCAGUAGUGUCCGAAACAGGGAGAAGCUGGCAAUCCUCGCGACUGUGCGACGGGAGUCGCCGAGAGUCUAUCGAGCCGAUCUGGAGCAGGCAAUCGACAAGCUGCUGCACAUUGAGUUGCCCAAGGCAGGGCUCAUUGAGGGCGAUAAUAUGACAGCCCUGCGAAACAUCAUCGCUGUGCUGCGGUACAACAAUCCCCUGAACAAGGAUGGCCAACUGCUGCUCACAGCACUCGACGAUUCCGUGCUCAGCAUCAACCGCUUGACGGGAAACGAGUUCGUGGACCUGGUCAAGUCCAAAGAGAAGGGACUGGGCAAUGUGUUCAAGGCAAAGCGCGAUAUUGGCUGCAUUUCCACGCGUCCCUUCCUGCGCGGCUUCACCUGCUCCUUGUGGACGCUGUUCCACCACCUCACGGUCGCGGCUGCCAGGCAGCCAAACACGCUGAAGGCUGGAUCCGUGCUCUCGGCCGUACACGGCUUUGCCAAGUACUUUUUUGGCUGCUCGGAUUGUGCCCAGCAUUUCCUGGCUAUGGCUGAGCGCAAACACAUCGAAUUGGUGGCGGACCACGAUGCCGAGAUCCUCUGGUUGUGGGAGGCCCACAACGAGGUCAACAGUCGUGUGGCUGGCGAUACCACAGAGGAUCCCGAGUUCCCAAAGAUUCAGUUUCCCAGCACGACGGCUUGCCCCGCCUGCCGGCACGAGAACUCCCAGUGGAAUCGAACCGAAGUCUUGAGAUAUUUGAAAAACAUUUACGACACGAAGAACUUGAGCUUCUACGGUCUGCCCACCUCUCGGGGAUACGAAUGAAUAAGAAUAUGAAUAUGAAUAUGAAUAUGUUAUGUUAUGUGCCAAUAUCAACUUUAAAGUUAAUCGAAAUAUACAAACAAAAUAAGACCAUUAA